AUGGAUAGAAGAGACUUAAUUGAAAAUCUCAAGGGACAUCUUACUUGCUCCAUCUGCCUGGGCUACUUCACUGACCCAGUGACUGGGAAAUGUGGCCAUAGCUUUUGCACAGAGUGUCUUCUCCAGUGCAGGGAGAGAACCACUGAAACCUUAACUUGCCCAGAGUGCAGAGGAGUCAUGACGUACAGUGAUUUGGUUCCCAAUAGGCACCUGCAGAACCUGUCCAUCAUUGGCAAAAUGCUCCGACCUCAUUUGGUGCAGAGCAUGGUGGGCCUGACCACCUGUGAUCAACAUGGGGAGCAAGAGAAGUUCUUCUGUGAAGAGGACCGGAGGCUACUCUGUGAUUACUGCUUAUCAGCCCCAGAGCACAAGGACCACCAAGUCCUUCCCUUAGAAACAGUUGCUAACAAGUGCAAGGAUGAGCUCCAGGAGACACAGACUGUCUUAGCAAUAAAAGAAAAGGAAUUUGAAACCAUAUUGGAUCAAUCGAGAAGGAGUAAAGCAUGCUGUCAGGAGAAUGAAUACACUUUGAAACACUUGGCAAUUUCUGAAUAUGGGAAAAUUCAGAAUUUCUUAUGGGAUGAAGAAUAUAAAUACUUGGCAAGGAUACACCAGGAAUCCAGAGACGGCCUGAUCAAAAUGAAGGAGAACAUGGACAAGCUGACCCAACAAAUCCAGAAUCUGCAACAAUUGAAGUUAGAAGUAGAGAAGAACUUGGACAAGGAGCCUCUGGAAAUGCUCCAGAAUAUGAAAGGCAUUUUGGAAAGGAAUGGUGAGCUUCUACUUCAAGAACCAGAGAUUGUUUCACCUUUUUGGACACCUGCUCCAUCACAUGCUUGA